AUGCCUUUGUUCCUCUUCCUCAAAUUUGUUAUCAUCAGUAGCCUUUUUCCUUUUAUAAACAUUACCAUGGCUUUGGUUUUCAUUCUCUAUUCUAGUGCCUUGGCGUUGGUUACUUAUCUCAUCUUCAAGCACACUCAACAACGCAGGAAGGGUCCUCUACCACCAGGUCCUAAAGGGUUACCUCUCCUCGGAAAUGUACUUGAUCUCCCUCCACCAGGAACGAUAGAAUGGGUUCACUGGCAGAAGCAUAAAGAGAAAUAUGGCCCGAUCUCUUCCGUCUCCGUUCUGGGACAGUUGUUUGUCAUACUGCACGACAAACAGACCAUCACAGAUCUUUUGGAGACGCGGGCUUUGAAAACUGCUUCAAGGCCAAAGCUGGUGUUUGCGGGUGACGUUGUUGGAUAUGAUAGUAUCAUGGGCAUGAUGCCGUUUGACAGGACAUUUCGAUUGCAUCGCAAGCUUACGGCGACCCAAGUCAGCAGUAAGUCCAUUGGCAGAUUCGAGCCCAUACAGGAGCUUGAGAUAUCCCGACUACUUCAACGCAUCCACAAAGACCACAAUAGUGACAAUCUACCCGAACAUUUAAACCAAGUAUCAGGGUCCAUAAUGCUACGAAUUCUUUACAACUACGAAACAGACCCCAGUCAGAACGACCACAUUGUCUCAAUGGCCAAUACAGUCAUGGAAGAGUUCUCUCAAGCGACAAGUCCAGGUGCUUGGGCGGUAGACUUGAUACCGUGGCUCAAGUACCUACCAGAAUGGAUGCCAGGUACAAGCUUCAAAAAGACAGCCAGGAUCUACCGGGACCAUCUACUGCAAAAUGUCAAAGACCCUUAUGAUUAUGUGAGAGAUCAGAUGACUCGCGGCAACGACAAUCUCUCGUAUGUCGCUGGUUUGGUCAAAGAUAUACAUCGGAAAAUCGACCCAGAAGAGGAGAGUGUUAUCCAGUGGACGGCUGCUUCCAUGAUGAACGCCGGCACCGAUACAACCGGCGCCACUCUACUCUCAUUCUUUGCCGCCAUGGUCAUCUACCCCGACGUCCAGAAGCGAGCUCAAGAGGAGAUUGAUCGUAUCAUUGGAGGUUCGCGUCUCCCUUCCUUCUCCGACAAGGCCAAUCUUCCUUACAUCAACGCGAUCGCUCAAGAAACAUUACGCUGGCAUACACUCGCACCCAUGGGGUUCCCACAUAUGACUACAGAAGACGACACUUACAAAGCUCGCUGUCCACGAGCGAUGGAUCCGUUUGCCACAGUCACAGGAGUUGGAUACGCUGAACUGAACUUGUUCGUUGUCCCCCAAGAUGCAUCCUCGUGCAUUAGCCCUGAGGAAUCUAAUCAUGAGGUCGAACGGUAUUGGGACGAACCUCUCAGUACAAUAGCAGUCUUUCAUGACUCAUGUUGGAAUAUGCUACUGGACUAUGUCUCCUUGAAGACAACCAUUGUGUAUGAGAAGAACGACAUUGCUCAGUGUCUCUAUGAUAUUGUCUAUGAUCUUCCGUCAAGUGAGGAUUGCUCCGUUAUUAUCGGACAGCAAGUUCGCCAAAGAUCUGGGCGGGGAAACUCUGUCUUGCCGGCAAGAUACAAAUAUGCAGAAGCAAACCCAGAUAUACUACCCAUCACGCAUGCCAAGGCCACGAAACCCUUUGAAACCGACACUCGACCCUUGCCCUUCGACGCCGACGCCAACAGCUUCUCCAAGCUACCCUUGGAAAUAAUGCAUCACCUUGUCUCAUUUAUGGAUUCUCCAACUCUAUGCAAUUUCAGAUUGUCCUCAAAGGUUAUCGCAAGUCUCGCUCACACCGACAACCUUCCUCAGGCAUUCUGGGCAAGUCGUUUCGCUGCCGACCACGAGAUGGGAUUCUUUCCACUGAACUGGGAAUCUUCAGAUGGUCCCAAAGAUUGGCGUCGAUUAUAUUUCUAUUUGAGAGACAACCUAAAGAAUCGAUCCCGAACCGGUCACAUGCGGAGUCGAAGACGGAUCUGGAGUUGUAUCAAGCGCUUGAGGUUUCUCAUCAAGAUGAUGAUCCAGCACACUCCUGACUUUCAAGACAACGGGAGCCUCCUAAAAGACAUUGAUGUACAAGGUCUCCAUAUUACUGACAUGAUUAAAGGUCUCACUACAUUAAAUCCGCUCAGAAAAAAAGGCUCGCAGUUUCUUGUCAUCGAUCCAAAACAGGCCAAGACUGAUGGCUUGCGGAUGUCCAUAUCCACCAUAACCCUUCAAUCCGUUAGUUAUAUCUGUGGCUUGAGGAUCUCUACAGGAGAUGACAAAUUUACUGGAGACGAGAUCUCACGCGUCGGUUUUGUUUUACCCUCCACCGAGACGCAUCUCUGUAUUAGUAAAUCAGCACGUUUGGUGGCUAUCCGAGUCGCUGUCUCGAUUGGAGGUAUAAUCGGAAUUGAACUUGAGGAAGAGGACGCUAUGGGCCAGGUCAUGUGGCAAUCGAUGGGUCAACUAAGAGAUCUACCUGAUUUCUCUGGUAUAGUAACUCUCAAGCCGAAAAAUGAGAGUCAGAUCUCCGGACUCAUCCUCGGCUUCGAUUCUUAUAAAGCCAUAUCGAUUCAGUUGGUAGAAAGGGCUAAUCACUGGGGUCAAAAAUCCUCCCCAAGGCUCAAGUCCUGGGUAUGGCAUUCCGUCGAACCAAGCUCACAUACUCUUAUCAUGCCACCCGACAUGGAACGAGUCUUUAUUAACGACCAACCGACUGUCGCAUUCAAUAUGGAUUUCGGUGGCCCAGAUGGAACCUGGCUUCCACUUCUUGUUCAUAUUUCGGUUCUUACCUUUGAACAAACCGACGGACUUAGGGGGUUCGCUUUCUACUAUAAAGACGGAUCUUGCAAACGAUCAUGA